CUCACAAUCAUUCCACAAGAACCCCCUCUUGCAAUCUCUCAAUAAAUACAUAACAGUCAAACACAACUUUCACACCCUCCUCCAUAACAGAACAGAGAGUUCCACCAUCAAUCUCCAAUCAUGUCCACCACAGGAAUUCAAGACCAACACAAAUUCUACAACAAGAAGUCCUCCUUCCAUGGUAGAAAUGAUUCCGAUGAGCUUGAUGUGUUUGAGGCUGCAAGGUACUUCUCUGGCUACAAUGAAGCUCAUCAGCAAGUCUACAAUGUCACAACAACUAAUUACAUGCAGAGGAGCAUCAGAGGAGGAAGAAUAAGCUUAGAUGUUCCAAUGAUGAGAAACUCUCUCCCACAAGACUCUAAUUACAAGGCUGAUGUUAAGAACCAAGACAAAAAAUACAAGCAACCAAGCUCACCAGGAGGGAGACUUGCCAGUUUCUUGAACUCUCUGUUUAACCAAACAGGGUCUAAGAAGAAGAAGAAAUCAAAUUCAACCACACAAUCCAUGAAAGAUUCAGAUGAUCGGAGUCCCAAUAGUGGGAGAAGGAGGAGGAGGAGCAGCAUUAGUCAUUUCCGAAGCUCGAAUUCUACAUCAGCUGAUACAAAGUCUCUGUAUUCCUCUUCAAGCUCUGGUUUCAGAACUCCCCCUGCUUAUGGCUUCUCUGAUCACAAACAAAAACCCACAAUUGGGAAACUGAUCAAUCAUGAUCGCCAUCACAAGAGGAACCAAGAUUUGUAUGAGAAUAAGGUCAAGUUCAGCGAUGAAUCUACAGAGAAGAAGAAGAAGGAGCAACUGAUAAAGUUGAAUAUUGAUCAAGUAGAUGAUGGAGCAGAGAGUGAUUCAAGCUCUGAUUUGUUUGAAUUGGAAAACUAUGAUUUGGGUUUCUACCCAAAUGGAUUACCAGUGUAUGAGACUACUCAUAUGGACACCAUCAAGAGAUCAUCACAACCAAUAACCACUGGUGCUCUAUGAUCCUUAAGAUUGUGUAUUGAUUUGAUAUCCUGGAUUUUGCAAUAUUGCUUGUGUUGAUAGUUUCUUGGAAGUAAAGUUUCUUUUGAAUGGUUUUUUUACUUAUCUUUACUUUAUCUUUCUUGUUGAUUUGUAAGGAUAUGAUGUAGAUGGAGUGGGUUGGUUGCUUGGAUUUUGCCUUGAUUAGAGAAUUUUACCCUAAAUUACAGGACAAAUUAAA